AGUAAUCGAUAAUUGAAUGGAAUUGUCAACCGUAUAGUUACUAUCAUCAUCUCCCUUCAGUGUAUCUUGUUUCUUCCGUUUUCGUCACAUAACAGUUUCAGCAUCUUGUACGAUAUUGGAAGCUCAGAUGGCUACGAUCGUCGAGAAGACGUCUAACGGCAUUAUCUACCGCGCCGCGAAGACGUAUCCUGUACCAGAUGUCGACCUCCUAACUCUGCUAUUUGACUCAGAACAUGCUCUAGUAAAGCCCGACUCGCCCAUCCACAUCUCGGCAUCUGACCCAAGCCUUGUCCUGACCAUCUCCCGGGCGCGCGACCUUACCCAAGUAACUUCAGCAGCUCUCCGCAAGCAUUUCGGCAUUGGCGUCCAAGGAGCAGGAAAGGACAUUUGUUCUGUGAUAUCAACUGGCCACUAUUUGCUACCUAUCCUAUCUUACGGCGUUAUUGGUGCUGGCGGUGUCUUCUCCGCUGCCUCCGCGGCCAGUACAGCCAGUGAGCUUAGCAAGCAAAUCCAGAGCGCGCAAUCUAAGAUAUUAGUUACUGUUGAAGCAACAAAAGAGACAGCUGUCAAGGCAGCUGUCAAGGCAGGAUGGGGAGCAAAUGGCGGCGGUAGAGUACUGCUUAUGAGCGAGGGCAGAGAGUGGUCGUUAAAUGUUAUCCAAGAGAAUGGGCAACUUGGUCCGAACUUGGUUGAUCAAAGCGAAAGAUUGCCUUGGAAAAGGAUUACGGACCCGCAUGAGUUGGAGAAUAGUCUCGUGAUUUUGAUCUACAGCUCUGGAACAACUGGGCUGCCAAAGGGCGUCAAGCUCUCCCAUCGCAACCUUGUUGCAGAGGCAGUCAUACCCGGCGACAUGUUGAAAGCUUGGACAACCACAUUCCGCCCCAGCUUCAAGUAUUCCACUCUCGCUCACCUUCCCACAGCUCAUAUUGCUGGCAUCCAAGGCUACCUUAUUAAUCCAUUCUAUAUGGGCGGUCGCGUAUACUGGAUGCCACGCUUCGACUUUUCCCAAUUUCUCGAGUACAAUGCAAAGUACAAAAUCACAAUCUUCUUCACUGUGCCGCCCAUCUAUCUCCUCAUCGCAAAAUCUCCCGCUGUCACAGAUCAGUUCUCCGCGCUUGAGAUUGCGAUUUCUGGAGCGGCACCGCUGGGGAAGGACCUACAGCAUGCUGCGAGUCAGAAAUUGGGUGGGCCGGAGUGCUUUAUUAGCCAGACCUGGGGAUUGAGUGAGACAACGGGGAGCGCAACCGUCAUGCCUUUGGGCAUGCACGACGACACGGGCUCAGUUUCCCCUCUCUUGCCCAAUAUGCUCGCCCGGAUUGUCGACGAUGGCGACCGGGACGUCGAGCCAGGUGAUCGGGGCGAGGUCCUCGUCAAAGGACCUGUGGUGUGCAAGGGCUACUACAAUAACGAAGCAGCGGAUGAAGAGAGUUUCACAGGAGACUGGUUCCGCACAGGUGAUAUCGCCGAGUUCAGAGACGGUUUAUUCUAUAUUGUAGACCGGAAGAAGGAGCUGAUCAAGUAUAAGGGCCUGCAGGUUGCACCUGCGGAAUUGGAAGCAUUGCUAGUGAGCCAUGAGGAUAUUCUUGACGCGGCCGUCAUUGGGGUGGACGCAGACGACGGUACCAACGAAGUUCCUCGAGCGUACGUGGUUGCUGAUGCAAAGAAGAUAUCAGGCCAACAGAUUAUCGAUUAUGUUCAGAAGAACGUAGCGAGCCACAAGCAGUUGCGAGGUGGUGUGGUAUUUCUAGACGCGAUCCCCAAGUCUCCAGCUGGGAAGAUUUUAAGGAAAGAUCUACGAACCUUGGCAAAGAGGGAGCAGGGGGCGAAGCUCUAGAUUUGUGGAAAUUGUUGUCGUCUACCCUUGUCCUUACGGAUUGUCCCCUGCGAGAAAAAUAAACCCGAGCCGCGUGUUCAGUUAUUUUCGUUGAUCAAGGGCGAUGAGGCAAGCUUAUCCUCCAGAAUAGUGAAGAAAAGAAGAUGUUUAUAGCUGGCCAGAACUCUUACUUAAUCGUAGAGGGCGAUGUUGCAGUCUUUCCCACUGGAACUCACUGCAACACAUACAAUACUUGUAUAGUUUAAAAAUAGUUCAAACUCGC